GUUUUUCUCUCCCGAAUGUUCCAGGUCGGCCUCGAGUUCCUUGCCCUUCGCACACAUCUUCAAUCCACAACCCCAGUGUUUGGUGUCUUUUCUGCAGAGUAUAAAGCAAAGAGGAAAGACCUGCCGCUACCGCACAGAACCGCCGUCAGAUCCCACAUCCACACUCCAAGCUUUCCUUUCGCCCGCUAUUUCUCUCUAUUCCAACUGCAACCUUCAGUCUUAUCAUUCUCAGGAUGAGCCGGCACCCAAUUUUGAAAUGGGCACAAAGAAGCGAUAAAGUUUAUCUCACUGUGGACUUAGCAGAUGCUAAAGAUGUCAAACUCAAGCUUGAACCUGAGGGAAAGUUUAUAUUAUCAGCCGUUAAAGAUGGGUCCGACUAUGUCGUAGAUCUUGAACUGUUCGACAAAGUCAAUGUUGAGGAGAGCAAAUAUGUCGUUGGCCCGAGAAACAUCGCAUAUAUCAUAGUCAAAGCUGAGAGUAAUUGGUGGCCUAGGCUUAUUAAGCAAGAAGGAAAGACUCCUGCAUUCCUGAAAGUUGACUGGGAUAAAUGGGUCGACGAAGAUGAGGAAAAUGGUAAACCAAAUUGGAGAUCAGAUGUAGGAGGUGGUGCUCCUGGUGGCAUGAACUUUGAUGACAUGGAUUUCUCGAAAUUUGGCAUGGGAGGAGGCAUGCCGGGCAUGGGUGGCAUGGGAGGAAUGCCGGGCAUGGGUGGGAUGCCGGGCAUGGGAGGAAUGCCAGGCAUGGGUGGGAUGCCGGAUAUGGGAGAUUUCAACAUGCCAGAAGAUGACGACGACGAUGAUGAUGAAGAAGAUGAAGUCGAGAAACCAGAAGCCAAGGUGGAAGAAGGAACCAGUAAAUCUUCUCCGGAGGAAGCCAAAGCUUGAUUGUCUUUGGAGAAAAACCAGCCUGCAGUGCAGUUAACUCGAGAUGGUUCUCCGAUCCCAUACUGUCGUGCCGCCAAAUAUGAACAUUGCCAAGAUGUAGGCUCCGUUUUAUGAUUUUCUGUUUUCUCCGUAGGUGGGGGGACAAGAACAACUGUGUGGAUGGAUUGAUUUUCUUUGAUGGCAAAAAGGGCUCACUUGUCGGUCAGUUUGGCUAAUAUGCGGGUCGAUGUAGCAAUAUGAAGAGAGAAGGCUGAUUGUUUUCGAAUGACAUAAAAAUGUAGUUCAGAGUGAGUUUAUCUUAGUUUACGGUUUUAAGUAAUCAGAUCCUGCAUAACUUACUGUAUGAAGAUGAUAGUAUCCGCUUAUUUAUGUCAUGCAGUGACUGUUGCUUGAAGGAGCCUCAUCAACAAACCAAGACGGUUGUCAACAAGUUACUACAUCCAAGUGUAC